UAAAAACACUCAUAAAUACCUAACCCUUUAAGAUAACUUUUUAAAUACUAAUGUGUUAUUAAAAUAAAUUCAAGUUACUAUGUUUUCUGGAAUUUGUAAUAUUGGUGAAAUGUCUCUAUCAAAAAACAUUAGAGUAAUAAUCAACAGAGUGGUUUUAGCAGAUAGAAGAAUAGGCGUACGUUUAUACUCAGAUGAAUCCAAUGAAAAUGAAGAACAAAAACCAAUUGAUCCUACCAAAGACAGAUCGAAAAUAAUACCUGUUGAGUUAAGCAUUAAAUAUUUAGAAAGUAACGCAUUUAAUCAGACAUAUGGUGAAAAACCUGUGUGGUUUUUUUAUCGGAGAAACCAUAAAGGUGGUUUCGCACCAAGAAAGACAAGACAGUCGUGUAUUCGAAAUAAAGUAAUUUCCACUGGUAAUCCUUGUCCAAUUUGCAGAGAUGAAUACCUUGUACUGGAUCCGAGAAAUACAAAAUUAUUGGAACAAUUUAUAUCCGAAUAUACUGGCCAGGUUUUAGAUGCUUUUAAAACUGGACUUUGUCAAAAGAAACACAAACAACUACUGGUUGCAAUUGAGCAAGCUUGGGAUCAAGGAUAUCUCACCUAUGAUGUACCAUUUAGGGAAUAUGAUUAUUCAUUAUAUAAAAGUCAAAUAACUUUGUAAAUGGGUGAUAAAUAGACAUGGUAGAUAUAUUAAUUAAUUUUC